UACGAAGUAUCUGCGCCGUUCACCAAACCAAAGUUGUUCAACACCCGAAAGAAGCUGACUAAAAUGGCUCAAAACGACGAACCGCUCCUGAUUGCACCCGAAGUGGACGAAAACCUCAGCCCGGAAGAGCGGCUCAAGCUGGAUAAAACCCUAGAGAAGGAAAUCACACGCACUCAGCGCAAAUAUUUGAAGCUUGCCGACACCGUUCCAGCCUUGAAAGAUGUCCAGAUUAUGCGCCGAUUGGAGAAGAAGCUCAAACAUUUACAGCGGGAAAAUGGUGCAAUUGAAACGCGACUGCAAGUGGCCUAUGCUCCGUGUCAUGUCAAACGGUACGAUCAACAGAUAAAGCAGGUGGAAGAUGACGUUCGCGUCAUGGAGGAGCUGGAUUUGAGAAUAGAUGCAAUCCUGACGGAGAUACGCCAUUUGCAAUCGCAAAUGAAGCGGCUCGAUAGGGAGCGUAAAGAAUUACAGAAGAUAUCUCAGUCGGACUAUUUCUACUAUACGCGUGUAGCGAAAGCAAAACAGCGGCUGGCUACCUUGGAGAAUCGUCUCUAUACGAUGAAAAAGAAAGAGGCGACGCAAAUUGCUACCAAUCGGAAGUUGAGGAAAACAAUCGAGGAUAUGUUGGGUGCCAGGAGACUGUUUCACAAGCACUGGAGAGCCAUGAUCGAUCACCUGAGCUACGAUAAGAAAUUUUUGAUCGAUAUGAUUGAGCGGACCAUUUUGGCGUUCAAUCAGGGCGAGGAGUUGUGUCACAAAAUUGAUGCGUUGAGAAGUCACGCUGCGAGGGAAGACAAAGCCCAACGACAGGAAAUGUUGGAACUGCAGAGAAAACUCAACAACGAUUGGAAAAAUCAUGAGUUUCUGAGGGUUAAAGGUUUUCAUCGAGAUAUGGCUGACUUGGAUCCAAGAGAAAUUCGACGCAGGAAUAAGCUGAAGGCAGAGUACAGCCGGAAGUUGGAGCUUUAUAAUCGAAUUAUUGAGAAAACGAAAGCUUUUUGCGGAAUAGAGGACUUAUCGGAGCUAAUUGAAAAGUAUCAAAAACAGGAAGAUUCGUUUUUCGCCUAUUUCAAUUAUCUGAAUGAACUAAAUUAUCAAUUCGAGCAACUGAACUGUGCGCUGGCGCAACUAACCGCUGGCGUUGAUGAUCUAGAAGAGGACAAAUUGUUGCGACAAGAGCAAUACGAAAAGAACAUCAAGGAGCUUCACGAACAGCUAUUGGAUGAGACGAAGAAGACCCAUCUGAUGCAAAAAUCUUUGGACGCGAAGAAGUCACUGCUCCAGUCUUACAUGGAAGAGAUUGAUGAAAUACUGCAAACAGUUGGAUAUGACCGAUCCGAUGUAUUGAAUCUCCUAGGCGACUACCGAAAAGUGACCAAACACAAUGUCAAGCGUUUUAUGGCUGCUCUCGAAGAUAGACUGAAUACAAUCCUAGCAACAGUCUACGUCAGUCCUGAAACGCGUGACAAUCCACUGGUUAAACGUCCAAUCACCGCAGAACCGCAGGAGAUCGUCGGUAUCGAACAGAUCGUAACAACUCAGCAGUGCGCCGAAUGCGCUGAAGGACAAGACGUGAACAAGUAUGAUGAGGAAAUUGUGUUGCCGAGGGAGAAACAUGAGAUCAAGGAAGGCGUUCGGAAGAAGGUCCAAGCACCGGAAAUGCAGUACAGAUUGCACAAUCUGAGCAAGUGUAAAUUGCCGCGAUCGAGAAUUCUGGUGAACAAAAGAUAUCAGUGA